AUGAAACCUGUUACUUUACAUUUGAGAGCUGAAACUAAACCAUUGGAAGCACGUGCUGCUUUAACACCUUCUACUGUCAAGAGUUUGAUUUCUGCAGGCUUUAAGAUUUACGUUGAACAAAGCCCACAAUCCACUUUUAACAUCGAUGAAUAUAAAAAGGCUGGUGCUAUCAUUGUUCCUGCUGGUUCAUGGAAAACUGCACCAAAAGAUAGAAUUAUUAUUGGUUUGAAAGAAAUGCCAGAAACAGACACUUUCCCAUUGCACCAUGAACAUAUUCAAUUUGCCCAUUGUUACAAGAACCAAGCAGGCUGGCAAGACGUUUUGGGUCGUUUCAAAAGAGGUAACGGUUUAUUAUACGACCUAGAAUUUUUAGAAAAUGACAAGGGUAGAAGAGUUGCUGCUUUCGGAUUUUAUGCCGGUUUUGCAGGUGCUGCUUUAGGUUUGAAGGACUGGUGUUUUAAGCAAACCCACUCUGAUAGUAAAGAUUUACCAGGGGUUAAACCAUAUCCAAACGAAAACUGUCUAAUUACUGACGUUUCCAAAGAUUAUCAACUUGCCUUGAAAACCGGUGCCAAGCCACCAAAGGUUUUAAUUAUUGGUGCCUUGGGUAGAUGUGGUAGUGGUGCUAUUGAAUUGUUACACAAAGUUGGGAUCCCAGACAAAAAUAUUAUAAAAUGGGAUAUUAAAGAGACAUCUAGGGGUGGUCCAUUUACUGAAAUUGCCAACUCUGAUAUUUUUAUUAACUGCAUUUACUUAUCCAAGCCAAUUCCACCAUUUAUCAAUUAUGAAUUGUUAAACAAGCCAACAAGAAGAUUAAGAACUGUUGUUGAUGUUUCUGCCGAUACCACAAAUCCUCAUAACCCAAUACCUAUUUACAAUGUAGCCACAGUUUUUGAUAAGCCAACUGUUCCUGUCCCAACCACUCAAGGUCCAAAAUUAUCUGUUAUAUCUAUAGAUCAUUUGCCAUCUCUACUUCCAAGAGAGUCUUCUGAAUUUUUUGCAAGAGAUUUAUUACCUUCUUUAAAGGAAUUGCCAAACAGAGACACUGCUCCUGUUUGGGUCAGAGCUAAGAACUUGUAUGAAAAACAUUGCGGCCGUUUGGAUAGACAAUCUAAAUUAUGA